AUGGCAUCCGAGUUGAUGGCAGGUAACAUGCUAGCUCCCUUAUCCCCAUCUGACAGUACACCGGUUGAUCGUCACACUCCCAUGAUUCCCGGUCUCGGUGAUACUCUACAGAAUAGUGACAGAACACCCCUAACCUCGCUGUUCUCCAUGGAAGCGGGAGACGAAUGGCGAGGCAGCUCACAGCCAGCCUUUUGGGAUUACCGGAUUGACCGAGAUUGGGACGCCUUAUUGACCGGAGAACUAUUUGAUCUGGAUGCUGUUAACAUGUCACUUCUCAAUGAAACAUCCGAGUUUGUCCCUGCAAUAAGGACGCCACCAGAGAUGUCCACCACUCGGCCACGACAUCUUAUUCAAUCUGAAGAUGUGCAUGUGAACCACCGUGAACAUGCCAGCUUAAUCCAGCGUAAAUGGCACACUUAUUCUGAGUUGGCUUCCUCUUCAGGUCAAAUGACCCCUGUUUUGGCCCAACAGGGCAAUGAUAUAAACGAGGCUUACCGCGAGAAACUUGCUGAACGCCUCCAGCCUCCCGUACCCACUGGGAUCCUUCCAUCUACCACAUUUCUGGACCUCUGUAUUCAAGCUUACUUUUCAAAAUUUCACCCUCUAUUCCCAGUUGUUCAUAUGCCCACCUUUCGGCCCGGCACACAAAAUUCGAUCCUUCUUCUUUCGAUAUGCUCCAUAGGAAGUUUGUUUGUUGGAUCUGCUCGUGCACUAGCUCAUGGAGUGAGCAUGUUUGAGCGGCUUAACAAAGCCAUCCUUGCAUCGUGGGACACUUACGUUUCAAAGCCAGGGUGCACAUCCACAAUAGCACUGCAAGCUUCACUCAUAGGUCAGAACUUUGGUCUACUGGUGGGGAGACCGAAAGACCUGUUCGGGAUUGAAGUUUUUCACGGGAGUAUAAUUGCCUGGGCUCGCAAAGCCAAGAUGUUUCACUCAAGACACUCAGAUCGCAAUAUCCUGGACUUAGAGGGCAAAGAUCUACAAAAUGCUUGGAGUUCAUGGAUUAAAACUGAAGUGAACAUGCGGAUUGUCCUCGGUCUCUAUAUUCACGACUCUGAAUUCGCAAGAUUCUAUCACCACGAACCCAUCCUUCGCCAUUCUCUCGGUCGACUUCCCCAGAUUUCAUCCAAUGAGCUUUUCACAGCAUCAACUCCAAGCCACUGGAAAUCACUGAUGGCAGAGGCCCGUUGUCAAAAUCCAGUAUCUUCAGAAAACACCCGACCUCAAUUACAAUCCCAGUUCCACUCGAAUCCCAAGUCCACGCCCGGCGACUUUGCUCUAACCGGGAUACUAGAAUCAAUUAGUGCCCUGUCUAUCGACAAUGACAUUUCGCCGGCAGAAUGUCGCACCCUGCUAACAGCCUGGUAUGCUGACUAUGCACCAGAAGCCCAAAACAAGCCAUCAUGGCGAAACCUCAUAAUCCUAUGGCACUCAAUAUUCAUAGCCCUACACACAGACUUUAAUGCCAUAGAAAUCGCCUGUGGCCGCGAUGGCCAAGAUACAGCUCAAAAGUACGUUCCAUAUGCGCGGUCAUGGGUGCGCUCCGCCGAUGCAAAACGCUGCGUCCUUCACGCCAUGCUUAUACAAAAAAACUUCGAGUCGCUCCCUGCUGGUGCCGAUUCGGCCAUCCAUGUUCCGCUUUGCUUGUACUAUUGUGGUCUUAUUUGGGCUUGUUUUAUGUGCUUUAGUGAUAAGACUGAUGAUCCUGUCACUGUUGAUGCUACGGAUCAUUUGCAUUUUGAAGAGUUGCUGCUGGAUGGUGUUGAUGUUGGUAUUUUGCUUGAACAGGCGAGUGUUCUUUUACCGAGGAAAUUGGCGUUGGGGUCGUUGUUUCGUGUCAUCGAUCUGCUGCAAAGAGUUAGCCAUUGGAGGAUCUCGCAGAGCUUGGCUUCGACGCUGUUGGCUAUUGUUGAGGAGACUCAGGAUUUGUUUUGA